AUGCUCGCGGAAGCCGAAAUCAGUCAAAUUGUCGAAGUCGUCGAACAAGGUCAUACCUUCCCUGGGGCUUGGCCUACUGAUGCUCGCGCAGAGAACUCUGAAGCGCUUUUCGACGGACUCGUUGACUCAUUCAAGCCCUGGUGGGGUUUCCACGGGGUGCCGAAGCAGAACAUCGCGCGUCCUGAUGUCAGAGAAACUAAAAAGCCUGGCACUCAAGACGAUGAUGACGAGGCAAUCAAUCCCGACAUGCAACUCGGGUUGGGUCUUGCCAUCAAUCAGAUCCGCGAUGAAGCUUCCAUCAUCGGUAGUGACAAGCGCAUCGACAGUCUUAUGGAGUGA